CACGUUUCGUCUUGGUCUCCAUUAACAGGAAGUUUGGGAUCUAAAUCGCACCAUAGAAUUUGGCUUUUCGUUCAAUUUUCGACAGCAUAAUAGCUUUCAAAGAAGAUGGCGUUAAAACGGAUCAAUAAAGAACUUCAAGAUCUUGGACGUGAUCCUCCGGCACAGUGUUCCGCAGGACCGGUCGGGGAUGAUUUGUUUCACUGGCAAGCGACUAUCAUGGGUCCGCCUGAAAGUCCGUACCAAGGUGGAGUAUUUUUCCUUACGAUACAUUUUCCUACAGAUUAUCCAUUUAAACCACCAAAGGUAUCCUUUACUACAAAAAUAUAUCACCCCAACAUAAAUGCAAAUGGCAGUAUUUGUCUUGAUAUCCUACGAUCUCAGUGGAGUCCAGCACUUACAAUUUCUAAAGUUCUUCUGUCAAUAUGUUCCUUGCUCACUGAUCCAAAUCCUGACGACCCCUUAGUGCCAGAAAUAGCCCGGAUUUAUAAAACAGACAAGGGUAAUUAUGAGAGAUUAGCUACAGAAUGGACUCGAAAGUAUGCCAUGUGAACUUUGAAGGACCUGACUUUCUCCUGUCAUGCAAGAAGUUUGGCUGUGUGCUCUAAACUUAUUGUUAUGUGUAAGGUUAUUUUAAGUCCUGUGUCCUGUAAGUUAUGUCAAAUACUUUGUUUGUGCAUAUUGUCGUAAUUCUGUAGUAAUUUUUCAUUGAUGCCAUCAAUUUGAUGACAUGUCGCUCAAUGAUGUUGGGAUUGAGUUUGAACACCUGGUACAAAAACAUUACCUAAGUGGUUAUCAGAACAUGAAGUGAUUAACACUAAUUACCAAGAUAAUCCAGUGAACCAAUGAAGACUAAAAGCAAAUACAUUCAACUUUCACAAAACAUGAGAAAAUACAACUGAACCGGUCAUGAUUGGGUUUGGUUUUUCUUCUGAUUGGAAGACAAAGUGGCACGAGUUUUUUUAAGUGUAAUUUGCAAAACCAAAGGAAAUACAUAUUACUUUUGACACUUAAGUGGAAAUGGCUCUGAAGGUUGAAGGUAUUAAUUCUUGAAGUGAGUCAGUUAGUACUCAAGUUCCAUGAAACCAUAUGCCAUCAUGGCUGAGAGUUUGAGUAAAUCUAAAUCCUUUCAGGCCAUAUUUGUAAACCAGAGUCAUUGCUGUUGACGGUGAUGGGACCAAAUGUUGGCCUAAUGCACCGUACAGGUUAAAAUUUGUUAACCAGUCAUGACAUGUUUGAUGCCCAUUGAGGCCAUCGUUUUUUGUACCUCAUGUUCACACAGUUAAUAAUGAAAACAGGAAUAGUACCGUAACCAUUUUGAAUUACUGUUUGAAAUGGGCCUGUUUUCUGGUGUAGUGGUUCAUGUGUCCAUUUAUCAAAUUCAGAUCUUGAUUAAUGCACAUAUAGUGCAGUAAAUGUUUGUUAGUGGUGAUGCUUUUUGUGAGUGUUCUUGUACGUGUACAUAUGCAGUGAUUGUUAAUAAUAUCAACACUUUCAGCCUCACAUUCAACAUCUAAAUUCUCCUUAAAAUGUUGUGAAUUAUUUUACACUGUUUUUUUCUGAGGAUUAAGUAGCAGGUAAUGUACAGAAUGAUGUAUUUUGUUAACUGUAGUAGUUUCUUUGGUUUCAAGUUAUCUCUAAGAAGAAGUUAGGUGUUGCUUGCUUGUGACAUUGAAAGUGUUAAAACCUACUUUUUUACUAUCACAGUUUUGUAUUAGUUGUAAAUCCAGUUUACGUCUGUAAAUUGGCAACAGUAUAGCUUGUAACUGACAGUGAAUGGGUUAGAUGCCAAGGAACCCCCUGCUUAUAUUUUAUUGCUAAGGAUAAUUAAGAUUACCACAAGUGCAAUAACUUUAAGCUUGAGCAGUUACUAAGUUGUCUUUUUGUCGCCUAUGGAUGUUGUGAAUAAACAGAUAAUUUAGCAAUUGACUCAAUACCUGUGACUUGGUUUCUUGCACUACACCUCAGAUUUUCCUUCUAUUUUGCCUAUUUGUUGUUUGCUUUUCCUUUGUCUAAAAACGCUUGCUUAUUGCAAGCACUUUAUGAAAUAACUAUAGAAUUAGGAAAUAGAGUACAUUUUCUCCUUGUUUAGUUAUAAAAGUGUGAUGGACUUUUUUAAGACCUUACAUGCAUGUUUUCACAGAUGUUUCAAGUUCAUCUAGACUUCUGCUCAGAAAGAAGUAUCGUAAUGUUUUCUACUUCUGAAAUCGAACAUGGUUGUAUUGUCUUGUUAGAAAUCUUACCCUUAUUUUAUAAUUUAAGAGAUUGAAAACAAUGUUUCCUUUACAUAAACUGGUGCAAACACUGGAAGAACAUAAAAGUUUCACGAUUUUGAUUAAUUCCUUGGCUUUGUAUGGUUACGUUUGUAGGUUCACUCAGUCACCUGUUCAGUGUUCUCUUCAUGAGUUAAGAAAACCAGAGGCUUUUCUAUCGUUCUGCCCAGAUUCUCUUUGUGAUCAUCCUCCAAUCUUUCUUCCCCCUAAAUGGAUAGUCUCCCUUGCAGCUUUCAUUGGGAUCACAAAAUGCUUCUCCCCUUCAACACUUCUCUUCUCAAUGGUAGAAGUGUAGGAUGAGCUUGGAGAAAGUCUGCCUAUAAUGCUAGGUCUUUUCUGGUUUAUAUGAGAUAUUUAAUCUUUCAACAUUAGCACAUUUUUUAAGGGUUGGAAUUUUUCUGUUGUUAUGUCUUGAAAAACCCUGAGGCCUGAUAACUGUUCAGUGCUGAUCAACUUUCAAGAACGAUUGAACCCAGACACUUGCACCAUGCUGUGUAGACACGGCUGUGCGCAUUUUCUGUUUCUUAAUGAUUGACAAGAAGCUUACCAAGCAUCAUAUUUAAGCCCAAGAUUUCCUCUGCAGUGUAGUAAUAUACAGUGGAACCCUGCCUUACGGCCACGCCAUUAAUACUGCCACCUUAUUCUGGCCCGAACGAAAGCUCAGUCAUUUUCUUAUUUAGAAAACGGCCAUCCUGUUAAUACAGCCAGAUUUCUGUGGCCUGUCGGUGACCAGAUUAACGGGGCUCCACUGUACAACCAUUUAGCAACACUUAGUACUGAGAUUUAGGUGCAGCUUAGUGCACAGUGCUCCCUGGCUGUUCAUGUAGUUAAUAGGGAGGGUAGUUAAUAUUUUUUGCAGUUGAUGGUUAGCAAAUAAUAGUGUAGCUGUACUGGAAUCAGCUUUCGCCUGAUAAACUUGAAAGAAAAAAUGUCUGUCUGUGCAUUGGUGAAAAAAUAUAGAGCACAAAUAAUGACAAAUAUUGUAAAUGACUCCUGAAUAUGGCCAAGCACUUUAGCUACAUACACAGCUUCAUGUAUAAUCAUGACGAGUGCCAAUAAAUUUGAACUUUUAGAGAA